AAGAUCAGUGGGCACUUCCUUCUAACCCUGCAUGGUGAGUUCCUUUUUUAGCCAGGGUCCUUUUCUAGCCUGACUCUCAACUGACUCUGGUGUUCCGGAGAAGCUCUGGAUAGUAGCAUGAGGUCCAGAGGAUGGACGUGGUGUGUGCCCAUAGAACUGCUGCUGCUGUCUCUGCUACUCCUGGCCGUCAGCACUCAAGAUCAUGUGGCACCUGUAGUGAAAGCCAUCUCUGGCAGCAAUGUGAGCCUCCAAAUCCCUGAGAGGCUGCCGGAUGACUACACCAAACUGACCUGGUUGUACACCGCCCAGCAGAAGAUUGUAGAAUGGAGUCCUGAUAAACCUAUGAACCCAAAGUACUUUGAUUCUAAAUUUAAAGGCAGGGUCACACUUGAUCCCCAAAGUGGUGCCCUGAACAUUUCUAACACCCAGAAAGAUGACAGCAGCACUUUCCGCAUAAAGAUGUUGAAUGCCUCUGGAGUAGCGCAAACCUGGAAUAUUCUACUGCAGGUGUUUGACCCCGUUCGCAAGCCUGUCAUAAAAAUUGAGACGAUAAGGCAAGAGAACAACAACUGUUACAUGAAACUGUCAUGCGCGAUACCCGACCAGUCUCCUGACCAGUGUGUGAACUGCACCUGCACCUGGCUCGAGGACUCAGGGCCCCUCCCAAAGGAAUGUCUGAGCAGCGCCCUUGAACUGAACGUGCUUGUGCCACAAAACUACUCCAUGUUUUACACCUGCCUCGUCAGCAAUCCUGUGAGCAGCGAGAGUGACACCGUCUAUUUCACUCCACCUUGCACUCUGUCCAGAUCUAGCUCUUCUGGAGUAAACUGGAUUGCAAGUUGGCUAAUCGUCAUGGUACCCACCAUUCUUGGCCUCCUAUUUACCUGAGACGAGCUCUUCUAACUCAAGAGUGAAACUUCAAAACCAGAAGAUCUUGUCUUCAGCAGAAAACAUGGUCCUGAGACAGCAGUGCUGACUAUAUGAGAUGGGAAAAAAAUGUGUUGUUGAAGGAUCAAUGAGGAUUUUCAAAUCAACUUUUAAAAAACUAUUAUUUAAUUCUAUAUCCCCUAGUUUUUUAUAAUGUAUCUAUUUGAAUGUUGAUAGAUUCUUCCCAUCAGAAAUU